CCGUCGGGGCGGCCGCUGGACCUGCGGCGAGGCAAAAUCUCGGCCCUCAUGUUUGACAAGGACCUUAACAGGCCCGAGACAUUAACGGGAAUCAAGAAGCUGCGGAAGCUCAUGGGUGGUCUCGCCAGGGGUCAUGUUUUAGAGGUUGCCGUGGGCACGGGGCGGAAUAUCGAGUACUUGGACUGGGACGAGAUCUGUGCUUCUGCGCCACCUAGAGAGAGGGUGUCCAGGAGGGUCAACAUGGGCAAGAAGGGCCUGAUACUACCUGGUGAUGAGGCCCCAGAGGUCGUAAGCUAUACGGGCGUUGAUGUCUCCACGGACGUGUUGGAGGUCGCCUGGAAUAAGUUGAGGAAAGCCGUGCCGGAUUUGAUCCCUCGGAGGCGACGAAAAUCGACAGAGGAGCUCGAGACGGAGCGACAGAAGCAGCAGACCGCCGCGAGAGCACAACCUACUGCAGCAAAGGUGACAGCCGCUGCAGGACCUCCAGUGAGCAGUGGAGACGACGAGGUCCUGGCAGUCAAUGUUGGCCAGGGGCGCAUCCGUCUCUACAGAUCUGACGCACAGCUGCAUCUUCCCUCACCACCCGCAAUGACUUCUCACGAUGGCACCAGGACACUCCCCGCCCCGCCUUACUACGAUACCAUCCUGCAGAACUUUGGUCUCUGCAGCGUGUCGGACCCUCACAGGCUCCUAGCCAACAUGGCUGCAGCGCUGCGACCCGAUACCGGCCGUAUCUACCUGCUGGAGCACGGGCGGGGUUCAUAUGGCUGGCUCAACAGCCUUCUGGACAAAUUCGCCCCAUCUCACUUCGAAAGAUACGGGUGUUGGUGGAAUAGAGACAUCGAGGAGAUUGUGAAGAAUGCAGAGAAGGACAUCCCUGGGCUGGAGGUAGUUAGGAUUCACAGGCCGCUGUGGCUUCAGGGUGGAACAACGUUGUGGGUCGAGUUAAAGGUC